GAGGGGAGGGGGCUGAAUGGGAGUGCGGUGGGAUUGGGAGUAACUCCUGUCUUUCCUCAGUGCCUCCCUCGGUGCGAAUCCAGUUGGAGGGUCAGUCACUGAAUGGCCAGCCACAGCAGCUGCGAUGUUCCGUGACGGGAUUCUACCCCCGGGCGGUUAAUGUGAGCUGGCUGAGGGACGGGGAGAACAUCGACCCUGUGGUGCUGCGCCUUCCCAUCCUCCCCAACAGCCGAGGAACCUUCCAGACUGCGGCCUACAUCCCUGUGGAGCCUGACCCUCCUGCUACCUACACCUGCCUCGUUCAGCACGCUUCCUACCCCUACCCAGAGGGAUUCCGCCUGGACUGGGUCGACGAUCACCAUUUCUCUUUGUCAUCGGCCGCCAUUGUGGGAAUAUUGAUUGGAAUUCUGGGAGUCACCUUCGUCAUGGUUCCUGUCUACAUUCACCUCAAGUCUCAAGGUCGCCGCGCUGGGAUCUUUGAACCCACAGUGCUUUUCUUGAAAAAUCGACGGCAGGGCAGAUCAAACCGGACCAAGACCAGCGUGCGAUCCAACAUCAGCACGACUUCAGGAGAUGGAUUGACCCAGCACCCAGCGUGAGGUGAGCUCCUCCACCCACCAAACCUGGUAUUGAAGGCUGGAUCUGCGCCCCCACCCCCC